AUGGUGAUGAAACCAACCAACACACACGAGCCCACAAGUAAAACAUGGAAUAAUAUAAUAGUGAAUGAAAGCUGGUUUACUUUGGUUUCUUUCUCGUGGAAAGAAUUUACCAAUGAUAAUGAAUCUGUUCCUUCCUUUGUCUCUCAGUUUUGUGCCAGUGGUAUGGUAGGGCAGUUUGCAGUUGCACGCUGGCCAAACGACAACAAUCACGC